AUGAGUAGUGACACAAAAAAAUUAAUGAAUGAUUUUCGUAUGGCUCAUUUUUCAGUUGGGUUUGAUAAAUGUAUAAUCAAUUACCUUUCAUUAUAGCUUCUGGUAGUACAAAUUACUUAGAUGAUUAUAUUGCAAAAAAACCAGAUAAGGAAUUACCAGCAACUGAAGAAGCAAAACAUUUUGAAGCAUAUAUUGCAAAUCCUCGAAAAGCUCAUUUUGAAUUAGGAGAGGAUAAUGUUAAUUAUUAAUCUAUUGCAAAAUUAUCAUUUAAUCCUAAAGAAUCAUAAAAAGCACAACUGUCUGAAGAAACUUAAAAAGAUUUACGUAAUCAUCAUUUUAAAUUGGGAUUUCACAGUGUUCCAAGUGAGACUGAAUAUUCAUAAUAUAAGAAUUAACCAUUAGAUAUUCAAAAAAAACAAUAAGUAAAUAUUCGUAAACAUCAUCAUGAUUUUGGAGAUCUGAAAACAUACUUUACAACUACAUAUCAAGAUACAAAUAAAGAAUAUAAAGUUGAAAAAGAAGAAUAUCAUGCCCCUGAUAUUCGUAAGACUAAUAUAUAAAUUGGAAAUGUAUCAUUUAUUAAUGAUUUUAGAAUCCAAUAGAUUAUACUACUCAUUACACUCGAUAUCAUGAUGGAUAAUAGAAUUCAAAAACAAAUGAUAAAGGAAAUCUAGAGAAAUUUUUAAAAGAGUCUCAUCUUGUCUUAGGUGAAGAUCCUUCAGUCAAAACUUCACAAAAUAAAGAUGCUUUCUAAGGAUAAUAAAAUAAAGAAGUUAUUAGAGUUAAUAAAGAUGUUUUAUUAGAUUUAAGAACAGCACAUUUUGAUUUUGCUUAUCAAAAAUCAGAUAUGCCAUAAACAACAAAAUAAUCUAUGUUUUAAAAAACAGCUAUUGCUGUAUCUUAACCAAACUUACCAACUUGUUCAUUGACUAUAGGUACACAUGGAUUUUUGAAUGAUCGAUAUUAUCGAACGAGUUAUAAUACUAAUUAUCCAAAUCCAAAUACUUAAAAACCUGAAUUAGCUAAAGAUCCUAGAAUCUCAGCUGUUAAAUUUGGAGAUGAAUAAGUAGAUUACAAUACUGAAAACAAUAGAAAGUAAUUAUCAAUUAAUAUUUUAGUUAUUAAAUACCAGAAAAGGUUGAUUAGUUUAAAUUGGACAAAAAUCAAAUUAGAGAUUUAAGAUAACAUCAUUUUUAAUUAGGAACUGAUCCUAUAGAAUAUCCUUAAAAAAUUACUCAAAUUACUCCACAUCGUAACACUUUAAGUGAAGAACAACUCAAAGACUUAAGAAGAUAACAUUUUGUUUAUGGCAGUUAGUUAGGCACAUAUAAUACUCACAAUUCAUAAUAUGGCACUAAAUAAGGUCCUCCAAAUAAGUUGGACCCAUAAUUAUAGAAAGAUUUGAGAAUGCAUCAUUUUGAAGAAGAUGGAGAAAGAGUUUUUUAAACUUCCUACAGGGCCAUGUAGCCAAUAUAAUGA